UCUGGGACGUCGUUAUUGUGGAUGAGGUUGGCAGUCGGAAGGAUCACAAUGGUAUGUCAUUGCAAUCGCCUCGUGUGUCUGCUAGCGCGAUCAAGUCCAACAUCAUACCCUAUCGACGAGCGCCUACCGGUCAUCUCAGGCCUCAUAGGUGCCUUCUCCUGCCCGAAGAGCCCUGCUUUUGCCCCCCGAAGAUCAUCGAUGGCGCGCCCACAGCGGACCGCAUCCCCGCCGCAUGUUGUGGCGCAGGCCCGUGUCGCGUCCCAAGGUGGUCUCAAGCCCCUUCAGAAGACUGGCAGGACCGUCACUUUCGCCCAGGCGCCCUCACGCGCGUUCGCACGCCUCGCCAUCGCUCUCCACCUUCCGCUGAUCUUCCGCCUCCGGACUGAUCGUUGUAUCUCCCUCGGGGAAAGCGGCGUGGGCCACGAGUUGGGGUGCACACCUGGUUGUGGAACCUGCGCACUUAAAAGAAGCGGUUUAUGUGCCUGCGAUGAUCCCCUCUUCGCGCCCUCUCCGUUACAGUGCGCUGCUCCCGCCGCCCCGAUGUCGCAGUCAGACGGCCUGAAGCGGCGCAAGAUCGCUGUGAUGGGCUCGCGCUCGGUUGGCAAGUCCUCGCUGGUUGGUCAAUUCAUCGACUGCCGCUUCGAGUCCGCCUACUAUCCGACGAUCGAGAACAGCCACCAGAGGAAUCUAGUCUUCAAUGGAUCGGAAUACGAAGUUGAAGUACUAGACACUGCGGGCCAGGACGAGUAUUCUUUCUUGAACCCCCAUCAUGCUGUAGGACAUAUCCAUGGAUAUGUCCUGGUCUACUCGAUCAAUUCGCGUCGGUCAUUCGAAAUGGUACAAACAAUCCACGAUAAGAUAGCAGACUGGGGGAUUGCGGACGUCCCGUGUGUCAUCGCCGCAUCCAAGGUUGAUCUCCGAGAUGGCCGUCAAGUGGAUCCUGCGGAAGGGCGAUCGCUCGCGUCUACACACAAUGCCGCGUGGAUAGAAACAAGCGCAAAAGAGAAUGUGAAUGUCGGGAAGGUAUUCGAACUUUGCCUUGAAGAAAUCGAGAAGAGGCUGUCCCCUUAUACGGAGCCCAAGAGCUCCCGCUACAACUGUGCUAUCAUGUAGUUCUGCCGUCUCGUCUGACAUGGGCUGGUGCGUUUGCUGUGAAAAUCGCUCUCAAUCGCUGUAUUUGUACUGUUUUUACGAUGUAUCUGGCUUCUAUCUCUGUACUCAAUGACAUCCAGCCUCUCAUCCGC